UGUGCAUAUAAGGCACAUGAUAAAAUAUCUUAAUAUAGAAAUUUAACAUUUAAUGAUACAAGACAUUUAAUGCUUGAAAAGUUAAAAUGCACAAAUUCUAAAGCAUAAUUUCUAUUUUUACUAUCUUAACAUGUGUCAUAUAUGCACAUGUUAAUAUUCUCCAAAUAAUAUUUAUGUUUGACUUAGAUACAUGUGGAUGGAUUUUAUUGGUGCCACAUCAUGCCACAUCAGCAUAGGGCAUAUGCCCUCAAUUUAUGUGAGGGUAGAGAAGUAGUCACUAUUGGAUAGCGAGGAUAAUGCACUAUGUUAAGCAAAAAAAAUCGAGUUUAAGAGUUUAUCCUUUUGUCCUAUCCAAUCCAAUCCAAUUGAAACUAAGAAUUGGAUAUGGUUCCUUAUCUAGUGAAUACUCCAUAUCCCAUUUCACUCUUUCACUGCCACAUGUUCAACAACACACAAUUAUGGAAGCUCUUUUCCUUACCAAACCAAUUUCUCACUUCAAACCCAAACACCACUCUCUAACUCCAAAACAUCAUCCAUUACUCUCCCAUCAAUCUCUUCCCAUCAUCCGCCACAAACCCACCAUCACCACCGCACUUCAAAACCAACAACAACAACAAACAUCGCCCAAAGACAUCAUCGAAGAUGAAUCCUACGGCGAAGUCAAAAAAAUCAUCGGAAGCAAAGCUCUCGAAGAUUCCACCGGAAUGGAAUAUCUCAUCGAAUGGAAAGACGGCCAUGAACCCUCCUGGGUACCGGCGGACUUCAUAGCCAAAGACGUCGUUUCCGAAUACGAAACUCCAUGGUGGACCGCCGCAAGAAAAUCCGACGAAAACGCCCUCAAAACAAUCCUCGAAGCCGACGAUAACCGCGACGUGAACGCCGUGGACUCCGACGGAAGAACCGCAUUACUCUUCGUAGCAGGACUCGGCUCAGAGCCGUGUGUUAAACUUUUAGCAGAAGCCGGCGCGAAUCUUGAUCAUCAAGAUAACAGUGGCGGCUUAUCAGCACUACACAUGGCAGCCGGGUACAUAAGACCCGGCGUGGCGAAGUUGCUUCUAGAACUCGGCGCGGAUCCAGAAAUCACAGAUGACCGUGGAAAAACAGCGUUGGAUUUAGCUAGAGAGUUAUUAAAAGCUACGCCGAAAGGGAAUCCAAUGCAAUUUGGGAGAAGAAUUGGUUUAGAAGGGGUUGUUAGGGUUUUGGAAGAGGCGGUUUUCGAGUAUGUUGAGGUGGAAGAGAUUAUGGAAAAGAGAGGGAAAGGUGAGAAUUUGGAGUAUUUGGUGAAAUGGAAAGAUGAAAGUGCUAAUGAGUGGGUGAAGGCAAGGUAUGUGGCGGAGGAUUUGGUGAAGGAUUAUGAAGCUGGUCUUGAAUACGCGGUGGCGGUGGUUGGUCGGAGAACUGGGGAUGAUGGGAAAUACGAAUGUUUAGUUAAAUGGGUUGAUUUGGAAGAGCCUACUUGGGAGCCUGAGGAGAAUGUUGAUUCUGAGCUUGUUAAGGUGUUUGAAUUGAGUAAUAAUAAUCAAGCCCAGCCCAAGCCCAGUGUUGAUAGUGGGCUUUCUACUGUUGCUUUUAGUCAGGAUGGCCCAACUAGUGUUAGCACAUGAUGAUGAUGAUGAUGAUAAUGAUAAUUGUUUUGUUUCAAAAAUUGAAUCCAUUAUAAUUUUUUCUUCA